GGGGGAUGGGGGGGUUUGAUUUAUGGAGCCGGAGCGGCUCCGGGAGCCGCCGUGAGACGGAGCCCUCCCGCCCUCCCCCGCGAUCGCGGCGCUGCUGGAGGGACGUUCAAAGAGGUGAAGGUCUGGAAACAAAAAAGUCGCGCCUGGGACACGAUUACGCAGCCGAUUCUGGCCCCAACCCGGAAGUUUAUGUCGCGAACACGUGUUGGUGGGAAGGUGGCAGGGCUGCAGCCGCCCACCCUCCGGCCCUCCCGCCGCCCCUCCCGGGGCUUCCCCGCCCGGCAGAGCCUUCCCGGGGCCCUGCAGCCCCCGGGGAGCUGAACCGCAGCGACAGACACGGCCUCAAAGUCCAGGGACUCAAACACAGGUUGCUAGGAGAUGGUGGAGCCAGGACAGGAUCUGUUGCUUGCUGCUUUGAGUGAGAGUGGGAUCAGUCCAAAUGAUCUCUUUGAUAUCGACUCUCCAGAUGUGGUUCUUGCCAAUCCAGCGCCCAGUCCAGCUGUUCAGCAGUCAGUACCUCUCAGUGCAUUAGAGCUGGGCUUGGAGACUGAGGCUGCAGCUGCUGUGAAACAAGAACCAGAGACUGUUUCUACUCCAGCCUUAUUAAAUGUUCGGCAACCACCAUCCACCACAACCUUUGUGCUGAAUCAAAUCAAUCAACUUCCAACCUUGGGGACUACGAUUGUGAUGACAAAAACCACGCCUGUCACCACCACCAGACAGACCAUCACCGUAGCCAAGAUCAUCCAGACCAGCACAACCACCCGGCCCUCGGUGGCAGCACCAGCAGUCAGGAAUGCCUUGAGCACUGCACCUUCCAAGGACCAGAUUCAGCUGAAAGAUCUGCUCAAGAAUAACAGUCUUAAUGAACUCAUGAAGCUGAAGCCACCUCCUAAUAUUGCCCAACCAGUAGCAACAGCAGCAACUGACCUAAGCAAUGGGGCAGUGAAGAAGGAGGCUUCCACGAAAGAGGUAGCAAGAAUAUGGAUAAAUGACAUUAAGAUGAGAAGUUUCUCACCUACUGUGAAAGUGCCAGCAGUGAAAGAGGAGGAGGAACCUGAGGAAGAAGAUGAAGAGGAAAUGGGCCACGCCGAGACCUACGCUGAGUACAUGCCAAUAAAACUAAAAAUUGGGCUCCGCCAUCCUGACCCCGUGGUGGAAACCAGCUCGUUGUCCAGCGUGACUCCUCCCGACGUGUGGUACCAGACGUCGAUAUCAGAGGAAACGAUUGACAGCGGCUGGUUGUCAGCUCUGCAACUUGAAGCAAUCACUUAUGCAGCCCAGCAACAUGAAACAUUCCUGCCCAAUGGAGACAGAGCUGGAUUCUUGAUAGGUGAUGGUGCUGGUGUAGGAAAAGGAAGGACCAUAGCUGGAAUAAUCUAUGAAAAUUACUUGUUAGGCAGAAAAAGAGCAGUCUGGUUCAGCGUGUCAAACGAUCUGAAAUACGACGCUGAACGAGAUUUGAGAGACAUUGGAGCCAAAAACAUCUUGGUUCAUUCACUAAACAAGUUCAAGUAUGGGAAAAUCUCUUCCAAACACAAUGGAAGUGUGAAGAAAGGUGUCAUCUUUGCCACCUAUUCCUCUCUUAUUGGGGAAAGCCAGUCUGGUGGCAAAUACAAAACCAGAUUAAAGCAGCUGCUUCACUGGUGUGGGGAAGACUUUGAUGGAGUUAUUGUCUUUGACGAGUGUCACAAAGCGAAAAAUCUCUGUCCUGUUGGCUCAUCCAAACCAACAAAGACAGGUCUGGCCGUCUUGGAGCUUCAAAAUAAACUUCCCAAAGCCAGGGUUGUUUAUGCCAGUGCCACAGGUGCAUCUGAGCCAAGAAACAUGGCCUACAUGAACCGACUGGGAAUCUGGGGGGAAGGAACUCCCUUCAGGGAAUUCAGUGACUUUAUUCAGGCUGUGGAAAGAAGAGGUGUUGGUGCCAUGGAAAUCGUUGCCAUGGAUAUGAAGCUGAGAGGGAUGUACAUAGCCAGGCAGCUGAGCUUUUCAGGUGUAACUUUCAAAAUCGACGAAGUUCUGCUUUCCCAGGAAUAUGUCAAAAUGUACAACAAAUCUGUGAAACUGUGGGUCAGCGCUCGGGAGAGGUUCCAGCAGGCGGCCGAUCUCAUCGACGCCGAGCAGCGCAUGAAGAAGUCCAUGUGGGGGCAGUUCUGGUCAGCACACCAGAGGUUUUUCAAGUACCUUUGCAUAGCCUCCAAAGUGAAGAGGGUGGUGCAGCUUGCUCGGGAGGAAAUCAAGAACGGGAAAUGUGUUGUCAUCGGCCUGCAGUCGACAGGGGAAGCGAGAACAUUGGAAGCUCUGGAGGAAGGUGGAGGUGAACUGAACGACUUUGUUUCCACAGCAAAAGGAGUGUUCCAGUCUCUUAUUGAAAAGCACUUUCCAGCUCCUGACAGGAAGAAGCUGUUCAGCUUGUUGGGCAUUGACUUGACUGCUCAAAGCAACAACAAUUCACCCCGAGACAGCCCCUGCAAGGAGAGCAAAGUCAAGAAACGAAAAGGUGAAGAGAUAAGCAGAGAGGCCAAGAAAGCUCGCAAGACUGGGGGCCUUGCAGGCAGCAGCUCUGAUGAGAGUGAAAGUGAGUCUGAUGCGUCAGACAACGAAGAAAGUGACAAUGAGAGCUCCAAAUUCUUGAGUUCUGGAGAUGAUGAUGACUUCAACCCAUUCAGAGAUGAAUCCAGUGAGGAUGAUGAAGAUGAUCCCUGGCUCAUUAGAAAAGAGCAUAAAAAAAAUAAGGAAAAGAAAAAGAAGAAAAGCAUAGACCCAGAUUCCAUUCAAAGUGCCUUACUAGCCUCUGGCCUGGGAUCCAAACGACCCAGCUGCUUCACUUCCACCGUUGGAACCACCACCUCCAGCACCAACACGUCUGCCAACAGCAACACGAACAGCAGCUUUGUAACGAGUCAGGAUGCUGUGGAAAGGGCCCAACAAAUGAAAAAAGAACUGCUGGAUAAACUGGAAAAGCUGGCUGAAGAUCUUCCACCCAAUACACUGGAUGAGCUUAUAGAUGAACUGGGUGGCCCUGAAAAUGUUGCAGAGAUGACGGGCCGCAAGGGCCGCGUUGUGAGCAACGACGACGGCAGCAUUUCCUACGAGUCCAGGUCCGAGCUGGACGUGCCUGUGGAAAUCCUGAACAUCACCGAAAAGCAGAGGUUCAUGGAUGGAGAUAAGAACAUCGCCAUCAUCUCGGAGGCCGCCAGCUCUGGGAUCUCCCUGCAGGCAGAUCGGAGAGCCAAGAACCAGAGACGGAGAGUUCACAUGACCCUGGAGCUGCCCUGGAGUGCAGACAGAGCCAUCCAGCAGUUUGGAAGAACUCACAGAUCCAACCAAGUGACUGCUCCAGAGUACGUGUUCCUCAUUUCUGAACUGGCAGGGGAGCAAAGAUUUGCAUCCAUAGUUGCAAAAAGACUGGAGAGCUUGGGAGCCCUCACCCACGGAGACAGAAGGGCCACAGAAACUCGAGACCUCAGCAGAUUCAAUUUUGACAACAAGUAUGGCAGAAAUGCUUUGGAGAUUGUGAUGAAAUCCAUUGUGAACUUGGACUCCCCAAUGGUGUCACCUCCUCCUGAUUUUCCUGGAGACUUCUUCAAAGAUGUCCGUCAGGGAUUGAUCGGCGUGGGCCUGAUAAAUGUGGAGGACAGAUCCGGAAUCCUGACCCUUGAUAAAGAUUAUAACAAUAUAGGGAAGUUUCUGAAUCGAAUCCUGGGCAUGGAAGUCCAUCAGCAGAACGCUCUGUUCCAGUACUUCUCUGACACGUUAAAUGCAGUUAUUCAAAAUGCUAAAAAGAAUGGGAGAUAUGACAUGGGCAUCUUGGAUUUGGGCUCUGGGGAUGAGAAAGUAAGGAAGGCAGAUGUUAAGAAGUUUUUAACUCCUGGAUAUUCUACCUCUGGACAUGUGGAGCUGUACACAAUCAGUGUGGAGAGAGGAAUGUCUUGGGAUGAAGCAACAAAGCUCUGGGCUGAACAGACAGGUCCAGAUGAUGGGUUUUAUUUAUCACUACAGAUAAGAAAUAACAAGAAAACAGCGAUUCUAGUAAAAGAAGUGAAUCCUAAAAAGAAGCUUUUUUUAGUAUACAGACCAAAUACUGGGAAACAACUCAAACUAGAAACAUGUGCAGACCUGAAAAAGAAAUAUAAGAAGGUACCCUCUGAGGAUGCUCUGCCACACUGGUUGGAGCAGUACAAUUCCUCUGCAGACACCUGCACCCACGCCUACUGGAGAGGCAACUGUAAGAAGGCGGGGCUGGGCCUGGUGUGCGAGGUUGGGCUGCGCUGCCGCACCUACUACGUGCUCUGCGGCUCCGUGCUCAGCGUGUGGACGAAGGUGGAGGGAGUCCUGGCCUCUGUCAGUGGCACUAAUGUGAAAAUGCAGAUCGUUCGCCUGAGGACAGAGGACGGGCAGAGGAUCGUAGGUCUGAUCAUUCCUGCAAACUGCGUGUCGCCCCUCGUGAACCUCCUGUCGACGUCGGACCAGUCGCAGCAGCUGGCGGUGCAGCAGCAGCAGAUCUGGCAGCAGCACCACCCCCAGAGCAUCACCAACCUCAGCAACGCAUAGGAGGGGGACGAGCUACAGGUGUUGACUCUGGUGUUGGGGAGGAAAAGGCUGUAAAAGCAUAUCACUUGCAUAAAAAAUCAGGGACAGAUUCCAAAGAAAUAUAACUUUUUCAGUUCGGUUGUGUGCUCUCAAAUACUUUGGGAAUAAAGAGCUCUGACAAGGUUGGUAGAACUGAAA